GGGGACAUAUACACAUAUAAACACUCAAAUGGAUCCGAGGUUGUUAGAAGCAGCUCAGACAGGUAACGUGGGUUUACUGAAUGACCUGAUCAGAAGCAACAAACUCAUCCUCGAGGAGGCGGCUCUUCAAGGGGCUGGCCACACACCGUUGCACGUCGCCUGUGUCGCUGGCCAUUUGAAUUUCGUCCGAGAGCUCCUCAAGUUGAUGCCGAAGCUGGCCGAGAACAUGAACGCUGAUGGUUUCAGUCCGUUGCACAUCGCGGCAGCUAGAGGUGAUGUUGAGAUUGUGAGGGAGAUUUUAAAGGCAGGUCGGCCUCAACACCUAUGCCUUGUGAAGGGCAGGGAGAGAAUUAUCCCUCUGCAUUGUGCCGCCACAAACGGGAAGGUCGGUGCCAUGAAGGAAUUGCUUUCCGCUUCACCUGAGUCCGUCGAAGAGACUACUGCCCGAGAGGAGACGGCACUCCACCUCUCAGUGAAGAACAAUCGAUUUGACACGCUGGUUGUGCUGGUGGAGCAUCUGAAGCAGCACAACAAGGAGCAGGUGAUCAAUUGGCAGGACAAGAAGGGCGAUACCAUCUUGCACCUCGCUGCUGCCGCCAAAAAUUUCGAGGUGGUUGACUUCAUGCUCAGUGGGCAUGCUCUAGCGCGCGAGGUCGUGGAGGUGAACGCCUUGAACGACAGUGGCUCAACCCCUCUGGAUGUCUCAUCUCGCUCUGAUCGAGAGAUUAGAGAAACCCUUAUGCGAGCCGGCGCCAAACAUGGGCCAUCAAACUUGCCCUCUUCACAAAUAGUCCUGGUGGACGACGAGGAAGAUGAUAUCAAGAGAGCUACCAGCUAUCAAUCAGUUAUGAAAGCUGCAGUCGAAAAUAAUCAUCCACCAUUAUCAACACCAGAGGGCUCGAACCAAGGACAAGAGUCGUUGGGAGACAUACGCAGCACCCUGCUGGUCGUAGCCACGCUCAUCGCCAGCGCGACCUACCAAGCCGUGCUUCAGCCUCCAAGCUUUACCCCGAUGGCUGAGAGUAGUACCAAGAAAGGCUUCCUUGCAGCGUACGCAUCAUUCAUGACAAGUGCCUUCAUGAGGGAUCUGAAUUACUUAAGCUUCAUGAGCGGCAACACGUUCGGAUUCUUGGUGUCUGUUCAGAUGAUCAUUUGUCUUACCAGAGAUCUUCCAAUGAGGUUGCCGUUGAUACUCUCCACGUCCGCAAUGGUUUAUUCGUACUUUUGCUUCAUGUGGUACAUGCCGUUCUCAGAUUCACUGGGUAAAAAAUUCAGUCUGAUAAGCGAAGCAUUGUUAGGCAAUCUGCCGAUGGCGAUAUCAGUUUUUCUUCUACUUAUACAGAAAAAAAUAGCACCAGUUUUAGAUUUCUGCAUACAAUGUCUUUCCUGGAUUACCAUGCCGAGUGAUAUGUACAGUCUAAGAAAAGUAAGUUCUCGUGAUCGGGAUGGUAUCUCUCUCUCCUUUGAGGGUUUUGCUAAGAAAUGCAAGCAAUGUUGGAAUCGAGUUUGUUGAUAAAGUCAAAGGUCGA